UCGUCGUAGUUGUUUUUUUUUUGUUAUUUCCUUCUAUUUUUAUUUUUUAUUUUUUUUAACUUUAUUCUGGUGAAUUAUAUUUUCUUUCGAGUUGAAAUACAUUUUGAUAUUUCACCAAAAACAGUAAUUAUGACAAGUCAAAAUGGCGACAGUCUGAUGCUGCAGGACAAGAUAAAUGUGCACUUAGAUUCUAUGAGCGAAAACGAUAUUUUUCGAUUUCGUAAACUACAACAAUGGUAUGCAACGAAUAUAUGGGAUGUAAAAAGAGAUUUUCUUCGAAAUGUAUUAGACGUUUGUGAGGAUCCAUUGUUUUUAUUUAUUUUGCAAAAAAUUUUGGACAGGAAAUACACCAGAAACCUUACUGCGUACAAUAUUGGAGAUUUGUCCUUCAACAUCGAUAAUGUGGCCGAAGACAACGAAUCUUUAGAAUUGACUGCAUUAAAAUCAACGAUUAGCGAUGCAUCUGAUUGGUUUCGUGGAUUUUCGAAACACGGCCAACUAGCAGUGUUUAUAAGACUUAUUUUGUUGGGAGGAAUUAGUAUAAUAACUGAUAUUUGCAAUCACCUCAAUAAUUUGAUUAAUUCGUAUGGAAAUUUACCGAGAUUGCAAGAUAUGAUUGCCAAAAAUACCGUACAAGAUGACUUUCUAUUGACUGACAGAUUAUCAGGUUCCGAAAAAAUACUAUCAAAAUCUAAUUUUGAGAAAAAUAAGUCCAAGAUUACUGAUGUCGUAUAUCGGGAUUAUAUUGAACGCACAAACGAAUGGAAAAACAAAUUGAAUUUAUUCGACCAGAAAUACCAAACGAAUUGUAGAACCACUGGACUCGACAGCGACUUGGCCCAAAUGCUUCCGGUUAGGCAUGAUAUUUCUGCUAACGAGGAAUUAUUAAUCGAUCAUAACAAAGAAACGAACGAAAUCCCAACGUCGACUAACGGGAAUGCUGAACACAAACCAUUGCAUUUAAGUCAUACAUUGGCUUCUGUAACAGAAUACAAAAAAGCAAGAAAGUACAUUGACAAGAAAAUUGACAGACGUUUAAAAAUAGUAAUUAUUCUGGAGACAAGGCAAUUAGAUAAUAAAAUUCAUCUAGAUGACUGCAAAAAUGUUAAACUCCAUGCGAAACCAUUUGAUAAUGUGUACACUGAAGAGGCUGAUAUUAUAUAUGAUUGAAAAAAAGAACCUAUUUACAUUUACCAACGAUUAUUCAUAGAAAUCAUAACAUAACCUCGGUGGAUAUAUUAUAUGCAUAUUUAAGUAAUACGUAUACAUUUUUAUUAAAUAUGUUAUGUAAAAAGAAAAUAAUAAAAACUAUAUAAGUUAAACAA